CUGGCGAGCCAGGAGCGAGAGCGCAGCAGCCGAAACCCUGAGUCUCGGGAGCCUCCCACCCCGCCUCCCUCGGCGAGGAGGGCACUGAGACUCCGCUGGGGGCGGACGAGGAGGCCAGGAGGCGGGGAGGGGGAGGCAAACCCUGCCCACUCGGCUCCGAGCCCAGAACGGCCGCGGAAGUCGGAGGCUGGCGCACAGGGCAAGGAGGGCACCAGGGGCGGGGGGCUUUGCUCCCCGCCUGACCCCUCUCACCCCCAGCGAGGAAAGUGAAGAUUCCUUGGACUUUAGAGCCAGCGGACAGACCGACCGGGACUGCUAGCCGCUCCGGGUCAAGGACUUGCCCCACCCGUGUCCCCCACCAGGCGCUCCCAACUCACUGGUGAGCGCUGCGGCCCGGGCACUGAAUGCAGGGACGGCUGCGAUGGCCCCGCGUGCGGGACAGCCAGGACUCUGGGGGCCGCUGCUGCCGGGACUGCUGCUCGUGGCGGCGGCGCUGAGCCGACCCGCCGCGCCCUGUCCCUUCCAGUGCUACUGCUUCGGCGGCCCCAAGCUGCUGUUGCGCUGCGCGUCGGGCGCAGAGCUCCGGCAGCCGCCGCGGGAUGUGCCGCCCGACGCGCGCAAUCUCACCAUCGUGGGCGCCAACCUGACGGUGCUGCGCGCGGCCGCCUUCGCCGGCGGGGACGCGGACGGGGAGGAGGCUGUAGCGACCAGCGUGCGCCUGCCCUUCCUCACUGCGCUGCGCCUCACGCACAACAACAUCGAAGUACUGGAGGACGGCGCCUUCGACGGGCUGCCCAGCCUAGCGGCGCUAGACCUGAGCCAUAACCCGCUGCGCGCCCUGGGUAGCGGCGCCUUCCGCGGGCUGCCGGCGCUGCGCUCGCUACAGCUCAACCACGCGCUAGCGCGGGGCGGUCCCGCGCUCCUGGACGCGCUGGACACCGCGCUCGCCCCGUUGACCGAGCUGCGCCUCCUGGGCCUGGCGGGCAACGCGCUGAGCCGCCUGCCGCCCGCCGCGCUGCACCUGCCGCGUCUUGAGCAGCUGGACGCGCAUCUCAACGCGCUGACCGGCCUGGACCCCGACGAGCUGCGUGCGCUGGAGCGCGAUGGCGGCCUGCCCGGGCCGCGCCUGCUACUUGCCGACAACCCUCUGCGCUGCGGUUGCGCCGCGCGCCCCCUGCUGGCCUGGCUGCGCAACGCCACGGAGCGCGUACCCGACGCGCGCCGCCUGCGCUGCGCCGCCCCGCGGGCGCUGCUGGACCGGCCUCUGCUGGACCUGGACGAAGCGCGACUGCGUUGCGCGGAUGGCGACGCCGACAGUCGUGGGGAAGAGGUGGAAGUCACUGGCCCGGAGCUGGAAGCCUCUUACGUCUUCUUCGGGCUGGUGCUGGCACUUAUCGGCCUCAUCUUCCUCAUGGUGCUCUACCUAAACCGCCGCGGCAUUCAGCGCUGGAUGCGCAACUUGCGCGAGGCCUGCCGGGACCAGAUGGAGGGCUACCACUACCGCUAUGAGCAGGACGCCGACCCGCGUCGCGCACCCGCCACGUCUGCCCCUGCCGGCUCCCGAGCCACUUCGCCUGGCUCAGGCCUCUGAGCUUCACGGCCGGGGGGUUGAGGGCUGCCCUGCCUGGCCUGAAGCCUUGGAGAUGAGACACCCGCGAGUUUGGAUCUCUUGAGACCUGCUCCAGACCAGCCGGAGACCUUUGUAUUUUGACAUCCCUCCCACUCAGAAGCUCCAAGCUGUACCCUCUCUCCCUGGCCUCUGAGAGCUCCCACAGCCAAAGGCCAAGAGACACCCCAUCUGAUUCCAGAAACUGCACUCACCCACCUCAGGCUCUGAAAGCCCUGCCCCCGUUUUGGCCUCUUCUGGAGACUCUGUCCUUCAAUCCAAAAGCUCUGAGACUGACCCCAAAACUCCUCUUGAGCCCUAACACCCUAGGCUACACUGACCCAUCUUCAACUGGGAGCCCUCUGUCCUCCCUCUCAGGGCUCAGGGGCUAUCAUGUCCCUUUCUGGUCUCAGAAGCAGAGCACCUCCAUUAGAAUUUUGUGGGCUUUGAGCCCUUUGUCCCAGCCUAGAGCUCUAAGCCCUCCAUUGUGCUUGGAGACCCUCAUCUCCGGUCCCUAUGGGUUGGCCAUCCCCUCCCAGUCCUUGGCCCAUACUUGGGGUUCAGCUCCCAGUCUGUCUCUGCCUUUCCAGGGACAAGCACACCCAUUCUGGCCUUAGGGUGGAUUCCAUCCUCAGCUUUUCAUACCAGAGCUCUGAUCCUCCAACACUCAGAGCUUGCCCCCAACUCAACCUCUCAGCCCUCCACCCCAGACUGUUUUGUUCCCCUGACCAAAUCUUAGGCUCUCCAUUCCUCGGAUGCCCAUCGCUUGCACUUGUACCCACCCCUGGCAUUCACUUGUCAGGGCCCUGGGAGGAGUCCACCCCUGGGAUAUGCCACCCCCUCUCCUCCCAGAUUGAGCUCUCCAGUCCUGCAGGGCAAGUGCCGCACACACUGGCAGAUCCCCUGGGAAGGAGUGAGGGGAUGAUGGACCUGAUCACUAGUCCAUGGAGGCUUCAGAGUGGAGGAGAAGGGAGCUGCCUCCUAAGGUUCCUCCAUGCUGUCUCCCACCCACUGUGGCUCUUCUCCCCUGGGGACUCCUUGCCACCCCACCACCCCCACCCUGUAUGCCUUCCUGAAGAGGACGGGGGUCUAGCCUCCUGCCUCAGACACAAGCCCUCCUGUUCAGGGUCAGAGCCUCAGUGCUCUGCCUUCUGCAUGAUCCCAAAGCACAAUCGGUGAGUGGGGAGGGGACUGCCUCUCCCUGACUCCCACCCCCCGGGUCAGGCAGAAUGGCUGGCUUGUGCUGCCUCUGCACACAGGAAAUCUCCCUCCUUUAAUGUACUGGCUUGAGACCUGCCCUCCCACCCCUUACCCAAGAAACCUGGACCUCCCUCGGGCAGUUUUCUAUAAAGUCUGCAAUAA